CAUGGAAAACGGACGGGUUCCACUUCCACAAGAGAUUAAAGUCGUUUUUGAAAACAAAAAUUGUGGAUUUUCGAAACCUGGAAACGUCUUUUCUUCCACUUGUAGCGGACGAAAUAAGAUCCAGGCCCGACUCCGGCAUCGCCCCUCUCAACUCCGGCGUCCUUGCUUCUACUCCAUACUAGGCACAAUUUCCUCUGGGUUAUCUCAAAUUUCAUUGUUCUUUGAGAACUGUUUUUUCCCCUAAAGGUUUCGAUUCCUUUGAGAUGAUUGAGUUGUCCGGUUAAGCACGAAUUGGUCACCGUCGAGGCUCUGAACUUAUUUAAUCUCAAGCCCUUGAUUCUUUUUCUAUGUUUUUGGCAUUGGUUCUGUGUUUUCCCUUUUUCUUUGUCGGCCUCGAACGACUAGGUUCCGAUCUUUUUCAUUCGAUUGUGGAAUGCAGAACUAGCUAGUAUAAAGAUCGUGAUCUCAUCCAUCAAUAAUAUCCUUCCCUACUUAGGUGAAGCUCAUGUUUUUGUAGCACGGCCCCCUUUUACAUCUCUUUCUUGGAACAGAUGCAGUGAACUGUGGCCCUAUAAUUACUGAAGUAUCUAAAAGUUAUUUUUCUAUAGUAAAGACUGCUGAGCGGAAUUGCAGAAAAGGACCUGCAUAGACAUACUGUCAAUAGAGUGGAGUUUCCGAGUGGGCCUAUGAAAGAUGGAUUCCMAACCUAUCCGGAUUGAUGAUGAGAGUAAGCAAGCUGAGGUGGCAAACUGGACAGAUGCUGAAGAAAAAAGCCUUAUUGAUCUUAUGAUACAUCAAGUAAAGGCAAACAACAGACCCACUUCUACGUUUAACUAUGAGGGGUGGAAGUAUAUUGUCGAGAACUUCAACAAAAUCAACAACAGGAAUUAUCAUAGAAUGCAAUUCAAAAACAAGUACAACCAGCUAAGGAAGAAGCAUUCCGACUAUUAUGCUCUUGUGGGGCAUCCAGGGGUGUCAAUAGAUCCUGUCACAAAGAAACCAAUAGCAAAUUCUGAUGUCUGGGAGAACCUUUAUGCAAAACAUAAGUUUGCCAAACAAAUUAGGAAGAAAGGAUGCCCAUUUUUGGAGGAAUUAGACUUCAUAUUUUCAGGAACAAGUGCUAGCGGGAAUUUGGCACAUGGAAACAAUGAGGAACCUUUGGAUGAUGAAGUAAAGCAAGUUCCAGAAACAUCAGAUCCUCGUGGUACCUCGACACAGAAUAUUACUAUAAAUGAUGAAAAUAAGCAAGUUGAAUUGGCAAUUUGGACWGAUGCUGAAGUAAAAAGUUUUAUUGAUUUGAUGGUGCAUCAAGUAAAGGAAAAUAACAAGCCCAGUUCUACUUUUAAUGCUGAUGGGUGGAGGUAUAUAGUGGAAAACUUCAACAAAGUCCACAAAAAGAGUUACAGUAGAGAGCAAUUCAAAAAUAAGUUCCACCAACUAAAGAAGAAGCAUGCUAACUAUUCCACCAUUAUAAGGCAACCGGGGGUGUCAAUAGAUCCUGUGACAAAGAAACUAAUAGCAAAUGAGAUUGUCUGGGAAAACCUUUACAUGAAGCACAGGUGGGCCAAAAAAAUUAGGAAGAAGGGUUGUCCAUAUUUGGAUGAGUUAAAUUUUAUAUUCUCAGAAACAAGCAUUGGUGGAAAUUUGGCAUACACAAACAAUGAGGAUCCCUCAAAUGAUGAAGCAAAACAUGUUUUAGAAACACCAGAUCCUUGGGGUACUUGGACACAGAAUGCAACUGCAAAUGAAUCUGCUGCAGAGAUCUCUCAGACAGACUUCAUAGAUGACACCACACAAUCCAAUGAGCACAACACCGAGAAGAGUGGCCUUCAACUAUUAAUGAAGAAGUGCAAGAAACCAAAACAGUCCUCUAAGAUGAUAUUUGCCAUGCAAGCAUGGGCAGAGGCAAACAAGAACAAGUGUAAGUUGUAUCAGCUGCAGUUGGCAGAACUGGAGGCUCGAAGAAAGAUGCAAGCACAAGUUGAGAGGAGGGACACCUCUGCUACCAGAUGCAUGGAAGUAGUAAGUGAGAUACAUGCACAGCAUGGACUUCAAAUUCAACAAGUGAAGGCAGCAACUGAGUUGUUUGAAAAAGAACACUGGAGAGAGACAUUCUUGGGCAUGUCUAGAGACUUGCAAGUGGCAUGGCUGCAGGACCUUUAGGGAUAAGAAGUGGCUCUAAAUUAUUUGUAAUUGUUGCCUUAGGAGUUAGGAAGACUAUUGUUUUAUGAUACCUAGAUGGUUUCAGAUAGUGGUCUGUUUCUUUCUGUCUUUUGUUUAUAAUGAUCAGUUUCCAUUUGGCAUAUGCUCAUCUAUAUUUUUCAUUGUGUGUCUGAUAUUGGUAAUAGAACCAUAAAGGAUGUUUUAUGGUUAGACACAGGCGUCAUUGCAACUUGUGAUGGCAAAAUCUGAUACUAACUUUGGGCAUUGCUUCUUUUGUUGAAAACUGAUGCUAACAAUGGGCGUURGUUCUUUUAUCCCAGUCUAUGAAGAUCACAAAUACUGUUUUUAAGGUAGGUAAGUUUCUUGGUGAUUGAAAGCAAGGCAUUCAGGAGAUAGACAUCAUUCUCUUCAACAAGAUCUAGUUGAGAAACAAGUUCAUCCAUGCAAUAGCCRAACAACAAACAUUAUACUCCUUGUAUGUUGUAGAUGCAAUAUGCUGUGUAUUAUGCUAUGUUUAUUACUCACCUUUGUGUUAUCUUUUAUUGAGAUCGUUGCAUAGGGAUCAUUAACUAUUUGUGUUCAGAUAAUCUAUGUAGCUAGCUCAUUUAUCAGUAUUAGAAUUAUUGUCUACUAAGAAACAGAACUGUAUUCACCUACAUGCUGGUUACCCUUGAAUAUUAGAGCAAUGAGAUGCCCAUCUGAAUCAUGAUUAUGUUCCCAUGUUAGAAGCUUAUUGUAUUGGGUAAAGUCAAUUGAGCAUCAUUUGUCAUGUAUGGACUUCUUAUUAAUCAUUUCACCUAUUUUCUUGCUUAAGGUUCAAGUUUGGGUUCUUAAGCAGCCAGUGUUGUACUUUUGGUUCUGCAUUUUUUACACUUUCGRCCAAAAAAUGUAGUUAAUUACAUGUAGCAAUUGCAGAUUGAUGACAAUACAAGUUAACCACAUGUGGCAGGCGUGCUUUUUCAACUCCCUGAGCAUUGGAUGGAAAACAAGCCGAUAACGAUGAUGUUGACAUCAUUGCCAGAGAAGACACGGUGGAGAACCAACAGAACCCCAAUGAAACCUAGAUCAUCAAAGACCAAGACAAAUCGAUCUCUAGCAUGAUUCAUCAACAACAAAGCAUGGUCACCAGACCUCAAGAGCUCCAUCUCUCCAAACCCACUGUGCUUUAAACUCUUCAUCUCAUAAGAUCCUGGUCAAAGCCUUCCGAUUCUUCAAAUGGGCCCAAGA